UGUCAGACAAAGCUCUUGGAGAGACAGGAGGUGUGCUAUUUUCAGCUACACUCCGGUGAGUGAUCCGUGGUACAUAUGGGGGGGCACAGAGGGUGAGAUUGACAUGACACGUGUGUAGGACAACUCUGGCCCCUUACCAAGAGCAGAAUCAAAUGUCUAAUCAUAGGCAGAGCAGCAGCUGAGAGUCCAGAAGAGCAGGGAAGGCUGGGCUUGACAGUCUCAACUCUCCUCUUGUGUGUGUAUGUCAACUUGAAGGAGAGAGUGAGAAGAGGGCCUUUUGGGGGACCGGAGAGUCGUGUUGUGAAUUGUGAAGAUGGGAGUAGAAGAUACUGCCUGUUAAGAAUUGGAGUCUGUUUUGAAGUUGGAAAGACAAAAUAUCCAAAGCGCAGAAAUAAUGGGAGCUGAAGAAGAAAUGCUCAUCACCCUGUCUGGAGGUGCCCCCUGGGGCUUCCGGCUGCAAGGGGGUUCAGAGCAGAAAAGGCCCCUUCAAGUGUCAAAGAUCCGAAAGAGAAGCAAAGCGUGCCACGGAGGCUUGUGGGAAAAUGACGUGCUAGUAUCUAUCAACGGGAAGUCAUGUGCUGGCCUCUCCCAUGCUACUGCCAUGCAGAUCAUCGAUUCCUCCAAUGGCAUGCUCAACAUCCGUGUGAAAAGGAUAGUUGGUGGGGACCAGACCGGCCCACGGCUCCAGCGCUCCCCUUCUCCAGGGCAGCGAGUGCUCUCUCCGCCGUCCCCGCUCAGUCCCCCGGCACAGCUACUCAGCCCUGAACCAGCAGGAGCCCCAGCCACCACACAGCCCUCACAGCCACAAAGGUCACAGAGGCACCUGGAGAGUGUCACCUCCCCACCGGACAGUGAGGCCUACUAUGGUGAGACAGAUAGCGAUGCUGACAAUGUGGCCCAGGAGAAGCACCGCCGGGCUCGCAAGAAGAGCCCACGCUCCCCACCCGACAGCACCAACAGCAAGGUGGAUGCACCUCAAGAUGAGGUGUCCCUGUCCGAACAAAGUGGCUACGAGAGCAUGCCAGAGGCCACUGUGCAGGGGGGAGCCGAAGUGGCCAGCUCCAGUGGCGUGGCCAAGAGGGAGAUUGCCUGCCCGCCUGGCAGCCGCACAGACACUCCAUUCUCAGAGAGUGAGGGACAGUUGAGGCCACCAUCAACAGAGGGACGAGAGACUUCUCCAGAAGCGAUGCUUCUGCCCCAUGCCACCAAGGCUAUCCGAGCGGAACGCCACCUCAUCCCCAUGGUGGGGCCAGUGGAGCACCCGGUUGAUGAAGACCUAACCACCACAUACGCAGAGAAAGCCAAGCAGGCCAAACUCCACCGCCACGAGAGCAUCCAAGAGAAGAACGUGAAAGAAGCCAAAACCAAGUGCAGAACCAUUGCAUCCCUGCUGACAGAUGCACCCAACCCCCACUCCAAAGGGGUGUUGAUGUUCAAGAAGCGCAGGCAGAGGGCUAAGAAGUAUACAUUAGUAAGCUUUGGAAGUGUCGACGAAGACCGCUCCUACGAGGAAGAAGACGGAGUUUUUCCAACUAGUGAGUCUGAAUUUGAUGAGGAAGGUUUCUCUGAUGCCCGAAGUCUAACUAAUCACUCAGACUGGGACAGCACUUACCUGGACAUUGAAAAGUCCAAGUCUGAGUCUAAACAAAAGGAAGAGAAGCAAAAAGGUUUGAGUGAGGCCUCGGGUAAAGGAGCACGAUUAUUUGAGCAGCAGAGGGAACGGGCUGGGAAGUACACAGUUGAGAAAGUCCCAGUGCAGAAGAGCCCCCAGCUUGCCCCAGCUGCCCAGCCACAGCACAGCACAGUGAACGGAGAUAUGCCUGUGCCACAGAAGGUAGACAGCGUGCCCCUCAGCAUCCACCUGGAAGGUGUGCAAGUGCCCAGCAAGCAGCCAGCCACCCUCCCCACUGAGCUCCUGGCUCCCCCUAGCCCCACUUUCUUUCCACCUCCCCCAAGCACCCCUGACCCUUUCUCUGCAAGCUCAACGAGCAUGUUCAACAGGUCAGCACGGCCUUUUACUCCUGGUUUUUCUGGCCAACGCCCAGCAACAUCCUCUGUCAUCUUCAGGCCAUCUGCACCCAAAAAACCUAGUGAAAUUCUGGGUGUGCAAAGCACGGUGGUUCCCCCUUUCUCACCUCUGGCUCCAGGAACACCUGCCAAUGCAUCAGUGACAACACACCGUGGCCCAGUCAGCUCCUCCACAUCUCUGUAUAUUCCUGCACCAGGAAGACCAACACCACCACUGGAGUCAAAGCCAAAAGGAGGAGGAAGUGCUCCAGAGACUAAACCUUCUGCCAGCACUGCCCGGACAUCCACCACCUCUAUCUUUCUGUCAACUCCCUCAAAGCCAGGAGGGGAGGUGGCCUCCUCAGCAUCCCAGCCACGAGUCCCUGGAACAGCCUCUUCUUCUUUGUAUAUUAGUCCAGCACCAUCACAGCACACAAUAAGCAGUACCCCCGUGCCAAAGCAGCCUUCUCCUGCUGUCUCACCAGCAAUGCCACGACCUCCUUCUGAGCCCUUAACCUCCAGGGAGCAGAGGAUUGCUGUGCCGGCUCCCCGUACAGGCAUCCUGCAGGAGGCUCGCAGGCGGGGCAACAAGAAACCCAUGUUCAGUAAGAUUGAAGAGAAGAAGAAGAAUUCACCCAACCCUGAACUCCUGUCUCUGGUGCAGAACCUGGAUGAGAAGCCGAAAGGUGACCACCCCGGGGCAGGCUUCGAGUCUGGGCCUGAGGAGGACUUCCUCAGCCUGGGUGCUGAGGCCUGCAACUUCAUGCAGUCCUCUGGCCGCAAGUUCAAGACCCCACCUCCAGUGGCUCCUAAGCCUCAGCAGCAAGAUGCUGGACUGGUAAAUGGGUCCCAGGACAUGCCUCAGCUUAAAGGCAAGGGGGCAGAGCUCUUUGCCAAACGCCAGAGCCGCAUGGACAAAUUUGUGGUGGAGACAACACCAAAGCCACAGUCCAAGCCCAGAACCCCCUCUCCUUCCCCUUCUCUACCCUCAUCUUGGAAAUAUUCACCCAACAUCCGGGCUCCCCCUCCAAUAGCUUACAACCCAAUGCAUUCCCCUUUCUAUCCCCUGGCAGCCAGCAGAUCUCAGGCUAGCAAAGCAGAGAGCAAAGUGAAAAAGGCACCUGGCCAGAAAUCAGGGAUCAAGGUCAUUGAUGUAAUGCGCCAUCAGCCCUAUCAAUUAAAGUCAGCCAUGUUCUGUUUUGGGGAUCCUCCAAGCCCCAGCGUUCAGGAGUCUCCUGGUCAGCCAGCCCCGCAGGCUAGCUCGUCCUUCAUGGCAGCCAAGCAGGUCCCUGUGAAAACAGCCAAGACCCAGGAGAUUCGUCGCUUCUCCACUCCGGCUCCCAUGCCAGCCUCAAGCAGCCUGGCACCCACAGUGCUUGUCCCCCGCUCGGCCACCACGUUGGAUGAGCCAGUGUGGAGAACAGAAAUGGCCUCUUCUGCCCCUGCUACACCGGCACCCUUUCAGGUGGAGCUCAGCCAGUCCCCUAAACCAUACCAGAGCUCCCCAGAGCCUGGUCAGGUGGGCCAGGGGCCUUCUCCAAACCCAGCCUCAGCCUCUCGAUUUCAGGUGGCCAGGCCCAAAUUCUCAGCGGCAAGAACAGGAAUGCAGGCCAAUGUGUGGAGGCCAAGCUUUGGCCAUCACUGA